AUGAAAAAAAGCUUAAUUUUUUAUCACUACAGAGACUUGGAUAUGAUAUUUUUGAUGUCCUAUGAUUUGCAUGGACCGUGGGAGAGAAAUGUUGAUUUGCACGGUAAGUUGAAUCCAACAAGAGGUGAGACUACUGGAAUCGGCAUCUACAAUACUGUAAGUUUUUUGAUAUUUCCGCGUUUAUCACGCUUACUCCGGCUUUUUGCUGAAUUGGUCAGCGAUCCCGUACCGGUAUCCUUUGCGAAGACUUUCGUGUUUUCGCGGUGCAGUCAAGUGUCUAACACAGCUGAAUCGGGUUUUUUUCGCCCAUCCGUCGACCCAGUAAUGCAAGGACUAAAUGAGCCACUUGCUCUCAGCUGUUGUCUGUUUUCCGUUUUCCAAAAGCACUUUCUGAUUUGUAAUUUCUUGAAAUGUGGUGGUCGAGAAACAGUGGACAGAGAGGGUGUUGGCGCGUAUAUUGCUAGUGGAACUCAAUGGUAUGGAUACGACAACCCAGAAACAAUCAAAAUCAAGAUGGACUGGCUGAAAAGAGAAGGUUAUGGUGGUGCGUUCUUAUGGUCCCUCGAUUUGGAUAACUUCAGAGGUGACAGUGGCAGAGGCGUGUAUCCAUUAUUGAGAGCUAUCAACGAUGGGCUCUUGUAUAAUUUAUGCUAA